AUGCCGCAGCAUCCCCACAUCGAGCCGGUCGACACCGCGGGCGGGGCGGCGGCCGUCGACGAUGCCGAGGAGGAGGAGGAGGACGACGACGACCUCGACGACGGCCUCGUGGCGCUACAGAGGAGCAUCAGCAACAAGCGGCGCGAGGGCGCCAGCGCCGCCUCGCCUAUCCAAAAGGUCCUGCCCUUUCCGUUCGCGCCCAACGUGCGGCCCCUGACUAUCUCCGACGUUGACUCGUGCGUCGCCUUGGAGAACGCCGCCUUUACCAACAAGCAGCACCGGGCGUCGAGGGAGAAGUUUGAGUACCGCCUCACUGUGUGCCCGGAGCUGUGCAUGGGCGUGUUCUGCACCAUGGUCCCGGGCCGCCAGAAGAGGUUCGAGAUCGAAACGUUGGCCUCGGCGAAGCCAGUCGAGACGGACCGCGUCAACGGUGCCGUCAGCGUCCUGCUGGGCCACAUCAUCGCCACCAUUUCGUCCUCGGACCUCAUCGUCGACAGGGACAUGGAGAUGCCUAGUGGCUGGCGGACCGCCGGCACGCGGUCCUCCAGCGUCGGCCACCAGCAGAGCGGCACCACCGUGGCCAUACACUCGCUGGCCGUGGCCCCCCACGUCCAGGGCUGCGGCAUCGGGCAGCUCGUCAUGAAGUCGUACCUGCAGCAAAUCAACAACUCGGGCAUAGCAACACGCGUCGCGCUCAUCUGCCAAGAGAACUUGGUCAACUACUACAAACGCUUUGGCUUUCAACACGUCGGGCCGAGCAAGUGCCAAUUUGGAGGAGGUGGCUGGCAUGACAUGGCUUUCCAGUUGGCCGGCAUUGCCAAGAUCACGCCAAUCUAA